AUGCCUGUUACUAAUAAUAAUACAACUACCACUAAUGCGACAACUCCUCCUAAAACCACAAGCGACAACAAAAAUGACAAUAAAAUACAACAACUACAAAAAGAAAAAGAACAGCCCGAUACCUCUUUAAGUUUAGGCAAAUUUCCAUAUCCUGCAUGGACGUUUUCUACACUCUGUCUCGCUUCGUCGCCGCUGGCAAUACGAAAAAUCCAGGGAGUCCCUUCAUAUUUUCAAUGUAUGGCGUUUGGUGCGAUAUUUGGGUUUUCUGGUUAUAUUACGUAUACUGGAGACACCUAUAAUGGCGCGGGAACAUCAACAGCAUGGUCAUUGACAUAUUUAAUAAUUAACCUUCCCAAAUCAAUAAAAUCACGAAGACCAAUUCCAAUCACGCUUUCUACUGUCGCGUUGGCAAAUGCGAUCAUAUACGGUAAAGAGUCUUGGUUUUGA